AUGGCUCUAACGACACCAGGUAGUAAGCGCCAUCGGUUCCGCCAAUGGUUCUCUUCCCCUCGUUCCACUCGCGGCAGCAUUCCAGUGUCAUCCGCUACCCUCACCCCACAGUCUAAUGCUUCCGGAACUUCGACUGCCACGCAGCGAGAUUUCCAAGGUCGAGUGUUCCUGCUUCUACCUCCCCAAGAUCAAGACACCAUCCGACAACAUACCGUACCGAAUGCGAGAGAUGUUGAUGCGAUCGUACAACAAGCUCUCACGGCGACGAGGCAGAAGCAGGCGAUAUGCCAGGCGAAGAGAUGGGUCUUUACAUUCCGGGGUCAUACCGUGGUCUUACGGGAUAAGGCGGACAAUAUUGUGAAAUGGAUAGAGCGGUUUAAGCAAGCAGGGGAUAUUGCAUCCAACGCCGAUCCUGUGCAUGUUGGACUUCCUUGGGCUGGCAUUCGGCUUCUUCUCGAGGCAGCUGUUUCCGAACAAAACCAAAUGGCAACUCUCCUCCUGGGCCUCGAAACAUCCCUUUACUUGUCGCACCGACUCCAAGUGUAUAUGGGUUAUUGGGCCAUCCUUCCUGCUAGCCCGGCACGUGUUAAUUUCGAAUCCUGCCUGGUCGAGUUUCAUGCAUUAAUACUACGGUUCUUGGCAGGAGCCAUCCGUAUCUACCAGAAAAGCAGCCUCUCUCGCGGAUUGGAAGCAUUUUGGCGGAUCCAAGAUGUGUCUAGUUUCGAAGAAAACUGCAACAAAAUGGCUAGCCGUGCGGAGAUCGAGGCGAGCAACUGUGAUCGAGAUUUAAGCGCCAUCGACCGGGCAGAGGCGAAGCAGCAGCAGGAAGAUCUACGGCGAAGUUUGAAGCGAUUGGAAGCUAUACAUACUAUCCAGAUUCAUCUGAGCACAAUCUCGCAAAGCAUUGACAAUAAAUUGGACCAGAAUCGAGAUGACCAGAUAUUAAGGACGAUCUCGCAUGUCGGAGAUGCGGCAUAUAACUCGUACGAGAACCAACGGCAUCGGCUAUGUCUUGGUAACACGCGGGUCUCAAUUCUUCAAGAUAUCAUCAAUUGGGCCACCAGUAAUUCUGACCAAUAUAUCUAUUGGCUCAAAGGCCGAGCGGGCACUGGUAAAUCCACGAUCGCGUUGACGAUUGCUCAGUCGCUCCACCAGCGUGGGACAAUAUUGGCCAGCUUCUUCUUCAAGCGAGGUGGUGGUGACUUAGCUCGCUCACGAAAGAUGAUCAGCACCAUCGCUUUCCAAUUGGCGUUCCAAUCUCGUCUCCUGGGCAGCUUCAUUUGCGAUGCUCUACGGGACGAUCCGAGCCUCAGCGACUCUGCGUCACUAUCUGAACAGUAUCACAAGCUCCUUCUUCACCCACUCCAAAGGAUUCAAAGAAGCACCCCUGGACCAUUCACCUGCGUGGCGGUGUUGGACGCGCUGGACGAAUGUGACGAUAUCGACGAUGUUCGGCUCUUUCUUACUCUUCUUGGUAAUAUCCAGACCAUGGUGGGCUUGGGUCUGUGUCUGUUGGUCACCAGUCGCCCAGAGACACCCAUUCGGUUGGGUUUUCACCAAAUGAAGCACAUUGCAUAUCAUGAACUGGCCCUGCACGACGUUCCUCGUGCCAUCCUGGAUCAAGACAUCAAAACAUUUGUGACUCACGAGCUUGCCCUCAUCCGGGUGGAGCGAGGCUUACCGGACGCCUGGCCCGGGGAUGAUAAGAUUCAGACCAUCACCGCACGUGCCGAUGGAUUGUUCAUUUAUGCCGCUACUGUGUGUCGCUUUGUCAACGGUCCUCGACAGAUCCGAGUUUCGGACCGACUCGAGCAGGUCUGCCAAGGAAAUCGAGCCCGGCACAAGUCGACGGAGGCACUUGAUGAGAUGUAUUUGGUGGUUCUGGACAGCUCGAUGAAAGGGGAUUUCUCCGCCGACGAAGCACAAGAUGUUACCACGCGUCUGCGACAUCUCGUGGGUAGUGUUGUCCUCCUGUAUGAUAAUCUGUCGGCCGAGGAACUGGAAAGACUCCUGUUUCCCUCCUUGUCGACAGGCGGAACUCUGGUGCAAGACACUUUGGAUCCUUUACACGCUAUUCUCGAUGUGCCGGAGGAUCGGACGAAGCCUGUCAAGAUGCAACAUCUGUCCUUUCGAGAUUUUCUUGUGGAUAGUAGCCGGUGUCCCGAUCCCCGGUUUCACAUCAAUGAACGAGAUGGGCACCGCAAGUUGUCUACUCAUUGUCUGGACUUGAUGACGCGAUCUCUCCGACAGAACAUCUGCUGUCUCCCCGGCCCGGGGACUCUUGUUUCUGAAGUGUCUGAGGCCAUAUUGGACCAGUACAUCCCUCCAGGGCUGAGAUACGCAUGUCGUCACUGGAUUACUCAUGCGGAGCACGGAGAGGAGAGUCUAGAUGAUGGCGGUCGAGUGUACAGCUUUCUUUUACAAUAUUCUCCUUACUGGUGGGAGGUUAUAAGUCUAAUUGGUAAGAUACCUGAAGCAAUGGGAAUGAUGAGAAAGUUGGAAAACUUAGUCAAACUAUAUACUCACAAAAGCUCCGCUUCAGCUCUACAGUGCCGGGCUUUCCUUCAGCCCCUCUGGCAGCAUUUUUCGAAAGUUGUUCAAUUCUUCGACAUAUAG